AGCAGCUGUUCUGCCAACAGGCAGCAGCUCGGCCUGAAAGCUCCCACUCUCGGGGCAAGUCUGAGGGGAGCGGGGGGAAAGGCCUUUUCUUUGGGAUAUUGCUCACUCCAUUGAACACCUCCGCACCACUGCCCUGUGGCACCAGGCAGAAUAGGCCCAGGAGCAGAAUGCAAAGAUGGCAGCCCCGCCGCCAUACAUCCCUGGUCCAGAGUGCCUGCGCCCAUUCACCCGCGAGUCCCUCCAGGAGAUAGAGAAACGGAUCGCGGAGCGAGAAGCCGAGAAGUUGAAGCCUAAGCAUGAGGAGAUUCACGAUGAGGAAAAGGAGGCCAAACCCCGCAGUGACCUGGAGCAAGGGAGAAGUCUCCCAAUGAUUUAUGGGGACCCUCCCCCAGAGCUCAUUGGGGUGCCUCUAGAAGACUUGGACCCAUUCUACAAAGAUCAGAAAACAUACAUCCUCCUCAACAAAGGAAAGUCCAUUUUCCGGUUCAGUGCCACCCCUGCUCUCUAUAUGUUGGAUCCUUUCAAUAUUGUCCGGAGAGGUGCCAUCCAAGUGCUUAUACAUUCAUUAUUCAGCAUGUUUAUCAUGAUCACCAUCUUAGCCAACUGUGUCUUCAUGACCAUGAGUGACCCUCCACCGUGGGCCAAGGAUGUGGAGUACACUUUCACUGGCAUCUACACCUUUGAGUCUAUGAUCAAGAUAUUGGCCCGGGGAUUCUGCAUCGACAGCUUUACAUUCCUGAGAGACCCAUGGAACUGGCUGGAUUUCAGUGUCAUCGUUAUGGCCUAUGUCACAGAGUUCGUAGACUUGGGCAACAUCUCUGCUCUACGGACAUUCCGGGUUCUCCGGGCGCUUAAAACCAUCACAGUCAUUCCAGGGCUGAAAACUAUUGUGGGUGCGUUGAUCCAGUCCGUGAAGAAGCUCUCCGAUGUCAUGAUCCUCACAGUAUUCUGCUUGGCCGUCUUCGCCCUCAUCGGCCUUCAGCUUUUCAUGGGGAACCUGCGGCAAAAGUGUGUGCGGUGGCCGCCGUUCACCAACGACACACUGGAUGGCGAUUUCAUGGGCAACACCACUCUGUACGACAAUGAUGCCCUGUAUGACAACAGCACCCUGUACGACAACGGCACCCUGUAUAGCAAUGAGACCUUUGACUGGGAUGAGUACAUUCACAAUGAAGAAAACUUUUAUUUCCUUGAGGGUGCACUUGAUGCCCUGCUCUGUGGGAACAGCUCCGACGCAGGGCAAUGCCCAGAAGGGUAUCUCUGCAUGAAAGCUGGCCGGAACCCAAACUACGGCUACACAAGCUAUGACACCUUCAGCUGGGCCUUCCUCUCCCUAUUCCGUCUCAUGACUCAAGACUACUGGGAGAACCUCUUUCAACUGACCUUGCGAGCGGCUGGGAAAACGUACAUGAUCUUUUUCGUUCUGGUCAUAUUCUUGGGAUCCUUCUACCUCAUCAACCUGAUCCUGGCUGUGGUAGCGAUGGCUUAUGCCGAGCAGAAUGAUGCAACGAUGCUGGAGGAGCAGGAGAAAGAGGCAGAGUUCCAGCAGAUGGUGGAGCAGCUGAAAAAGCACCAGGAAGAGCAACAAAGGCUGCUUCAAGAACAUCACAGCUCCGCAGAGAGCGUUAUCGUGGAGAAAAAAAAGAUGGGAGAGUCCGAUCAAGAGGCGCCUAGUGAUAAAGAUGGGCCAAAAGACUGCAACGGCCGGGUCAUCCCACGCUUGGUGCUGGAUCGGUCAGCCACAAUAGACGAGUCAGAUCCGGCAGAGGAGCACGAGGAGAAACCUGACCACAACCACCUCAGCGCAGAAGAGAUAGGCUUGAAUAAACGAGCAGAGAGUGCCCUCAGCAUAGUCUCCAACACACUGGAAGAGCUGGAAGAGGCGCACCAGAAAUGCCCGCCGUGGUGGUACAAGUUCGCCCACGCAGUCCUUGUGUGGAAUUGCUGCCCUCUCUGGGUGAAGAUGAAGAACAUAAUUAAGCUCAUUGUCAUGGACCCCUUUGUGGAUCUGGGGAUCACCAUCUGCAUUGUCCUCAACACCGUUUUCAUGGCUAUGGAACACUACCCAAUGACAGACGCAUUCAACGAGGUUUUGAAUGUGGGGAACCUGGUCUUCACUGGGAUAUUCACUGCCGAGAUGGUGCUGAAGCUGAUUGCUCUGGACCCCUAUGAUUACUUCCAGGUUGGAUGGAACAUCUUUGACAGCAUCAUCGUCACGCUCAGCUUGGUUGAGCUCGGCCUCGCCAAUGUCCAGGGCCUGUCUGUGCUACGCUCCUUCCGUCUGAUGAGAGUGUUCAAGCUCGCCAAAUCCUGGCCAACGCUCAACAUGCUGAUCAAGAUCAUUGGCAACUCUGUGGGUGCCCUGGGCAACCUCACCCUCGUGCUGGCCAUCAUCGUUUUCAUCUUCGCCGUGGUGGGGAUGCAGCUGUUCGGGAAGAGCUACACCGAGUGCGUCUGCAAGAUCAGCAGCGACUGCACGCUGCCGCGCUGGCACAUGCAUGACUUCUUCCACUCCUUCCUGAUUGUCUUCCGCAUCCUCUGCGGGGAGUGGAUCGAGACCAUGUGGGACUGCAUGGAGGUGGCUGGGCAGACCUUGUGCCUCAUCGUCUUCAUGAUGGUCAUGGUCAUUGGGAACCUGGUGGUCCUCAACCUGUUCUUAGCUUUGCUGCUCAGCUCCUUCAGCGCCGACAGCCUGGCAGCAUCUGACGACGAUGGCGAGAUGAACAACUUGCAGAUCGCAAUUGGCAGAAUCACCCGGGGGAUCGACUUUGUGAAAAAACAUGCCCUCCUCCUGCUUCACCGGCAGCUGAAGGAGAAGAAGGUUGAGCCACCUGCCGAAGACCAGGAAGACAGCAAGAAGGAAAACUUUGUCCUCAAUCAUUUGGACACAGGCCAGGACUUCAAAUCCGACUACAUGGAUGGGAUAGCCAUGGACGGCAUAGCCAGGAAAGAGCCACGCAUCGAUGAACUGGACCAUAUGAACUUCAUCAACAAUCCUCACCUGACCAUUCAUGUCCCGAUAGCCUCGGAGGAGUCUGACCUGUAUGACGAAACCGACACAGGAGAAGAGACUGCCGAAGACACCAAGAAGCCUCUGUCAGAUGGGACUGGGUCGUCCAUAUGCAGCACUGUUGAUUAUAAGCCCCCAGACCCUGAGGAGGAGGUAGAUGCGGCUGAAGAGGCCGGCGAGAAUGAUGGGCCAGAGGAAUGCUUCACUGAAGCCUGUGUCCGGAGAUGCCCUUGCCUAUACGUUGACGUCAAGACAGAGAAGGGGGAGAAGUGGUGGAAUCUCCGGAAGACGUGCUUCAAGAUUGUGGAGCACAACUGGUUCGAGACGUUCAUCAUCCUCAUGAUCCUCCUUAGCAGCGGAGCCCUGGCUUUCGAAGACAUCUACAUAGAGCGACGUCGGACCAUCCGCAUCAUCUUGGAAUAUGCUGACAAGGUCUUCUCAUAUGUUUUCGUUAUCGAGAUGCUGCUUAAGUGGGUGGCCUAUGGUUUCAAGGUCUACUUCACCAAUGCCUGGUGCUGGCUGGACUUCCUCAUUGUUGACGUCUCGCUCAUCAGCCUGACAGCAAACUGGAUGGGAUAUUCGGAGCUGGGGGCAAUCAAAUCUCUGAGGACGCUCCGUGCUCUGAGACCUCUUCGGGCUUUGUCCAGAUUUGAAGGCAUGAGGGUGGUCGUGAAUGCCCUCCUGGGAGCCAUCCCUUCCAUCAUGAAUGUCCUCUUGGUCUGCCUGAUAUUCUGGCUCAUCUUCAGCAUUAUGGGGGUCAACCUCUUCGCAGGGAAGUAUUAUCGCUGCAUCAAUACCACCACGGGCGACUACUUCGAGCUCUCCGUGGUGAACAACAAGACCGAUUGCAUGACUCUCCUCGACGUUUACAAUGCCACGGAUGUCCGCUGGGUCAACGUUAAGGUCAAUUUUGACAAUGUGGGCAUGGGAUACCUCUCCCUUCUGCAGGUGGCCACUUUCAAAGGAUGGAUGGACAUCAUGUACGCAGCCGUUGACUCUCGUGAGGUCGAGGAGCAGCCAGCAUACGAAGUGAACCUCUACAUGUACAUCUAUUUUGUCAUCUUCAUCAUCUUUGGGGCUUUCUUCACUCUCAACCUUUUCAUUGGUGUCAUCAUCGACAACUUCAACCAGCAGAAGAAAAAGUUUGGAGGAAAGGAUAUCUUCAUGACAGAGGAACAAAAGAAAUACUACAACGCCAUGAAGAAGCUAGGCUCAAAGAAGCCGGUAAAACCCAUCCCAAGGCCCCAGAACAAAUACCAAGCGAUGAUCUUUGACUUUGUGACCCAACAAGCCUUUGAUAUAGUCAUCAUGAUCCUCAUUUGUCUUAACAUGGUGACGAUGAUGGUGGAAACAGACGACCAAAGCGAAACCAAGAUAAACAUCCUCUUCCAAGUCAACCUGGUCUUCAUUGUCGUCUUCACGGCCGAGUGCUUCCUCAAGAUGAUUGCCCUGCGGUACUACUUCUUCACGGUCGGCUGGAACAUCUUUGAUUUCGUCGUGGUCAUUAUCUCCAUCAUAGGACUUGUCCUCUCGGACAUCAUUGAGAAAUACUUCGUAUCGCCCACCCUCUUCAGGGUCAUCCGGCUGGCCAGAAUUGGGCGUGUCCUGCGGCUGAUUCGGGGAGCCAAAGGUAUCCGGACGCUCCUCUUUGCUUUGAUGAUGUCGCUGCCGGCGCUCUUCAACAUCGGCCUCCUCCUCUUCCUGGUCAUGUUUAUCUAUUCCAUUUUUGGGAUGUCCAACUUUGCUUACGUGAAGAAGGAAUCUGGCGUGGACGACAUCUUCAACUUCGAGACUUUUGGCAACAGCAUCAUCUGCCUUUUCCAGAUCACCACGUCAGCCGGUUGGGACGGCUUGCUGAAUCCCAUCUUGAACAGCGGCCCCCCGGACUGUGAUCCCGAACUGCAGAACCCUGGCAGCCACGUGAAGGGCGAUUGCGGCAACCCUGCCAUUGGCAUCUUCUUCUUCUGCAGCUACAUCAUCAUCUCCUUCUUGAUAGUGGUCAACAUGUACAUUGCCAUCAUCCUGGAGAACUUCAACGUUGCCACGGAGGAGAGCAGCGAACCUCUGUGUGAAGACGACUUUGAGAUGUUCUAUGAGACUUGGGAGAAGUUUGACACUGAAGCCACGCAGUUCAUUGAUUACGCCAUACUCUCGGACUUUACGGAUACCUUGCAACCUCCGCUGCGGAUCCCUAAGCCCAACAAGAUCAAGCUGAUCACUUUGGACUUGCCCAUGGUUCCUGGGGAUAAGAUACAUUGCUUGGACAUCCUCUUUGCACUUACCAAAGAAGUGCUGGGAGACUCGGGGGAAAUGGAUGCCCUGAAGCAGUCCAUGGAGGAGAAGUUUAUGGCUGCCAACCCCUCAAAGGUCUCCUACGAGCCCAUCACCACCACACUGAAAAGGAAGCAGGAGGAGGUGUGUGCCACCAAAAUCCAGCGGGCGUUUCGACGGUAUUUAUUAAGGCGGUCGAUGAAACAGGCCUCUUACAUGUACAGGCACAGCCAGGAUGAGGAGACCCUGCAGGAAGGAGCCCCAGAGAAAGAAGGAUUGAUUGCGAAGAAAAUGAAUGAAAUAUAUGGGUCUUCAGGCUCAGAGGUAGACACCCAAGUGCUUCCAGAAACGUCCCCACCUAUUGAACUCAAACCAGUCGCCAGCGCAGAGACUACAGACGACCCUAGCAAAACCAAGAGAGAGGCAGAUCGUGGGGAAAAGGAAGAAGGCGACCCCAGGAAAAUGAAAGAGAAGAAGGAAGAUCCCAGCGGAACAAAGGAAGACGAUCCCAGCAAAAGUAAAGAGAAGGGGGGCACCAAACGUGGUGUGAAAGAGUCGUUUGUAUAAUGCAAAGCACUUUUGGCCAACCGUCAAUUGGCACCCGGAUCCAAAAGACUUCUCUCGCAGGGGCCCUUCCAAAAUCAUGUGCUGUAGUGAGCUAACCACCUUCUCUUACUAGGUUCCCGGUACUCAGCUCAACAUCGUAACUUUGGAAACAGAGCCUCUUCUGGUUUCAAGUUGGGGUUUUGUCGUUGUUGUUGUCGUCCAAAUUUGCCACAAUGAGCGAAGAUGCCUCGUUUUUUCCUCAUGAGGUUAAUGUGAAUGAUCUCUAUUACAGGUGAAAAGAACAGGUGUUUUAGUUUAACGGUAGGCGACGUCCGGUGUCACAUGUUCCAGGGCCAGUUCUGUUUUCAGUGCUUCCCUACUAGCGUUUUUAAGAAGUCUUGGAAGAAGAGUCAGAAGAGAAGGAAAUGGCCAGAGAUGCAAGUCUUCAUAAUUUCAGCCCUGCCAUGUUCAAGCUUAGGCAUGGAACCAGAAGACCAGUUUUAAGGAACUCAACCAGAGUUGUGUAUAUGCUUCACUUAAAAAGAAAAAGGUAUGAAAAACUGGGUUUUGUGGCCUGAAUCAAUUACACAAAUUUUCCCGUGGCUGCAUAUUCUGCAUAAUUUAUUCUGCUUACCAGGGGCGAACAAAAAACUUGCCUCUGUAUCACUGGCAUGCAACAGACAUGCACAUACAAAAAACUUUCAAGCUUUAUGUUUGCAGCCUCAAGGCCUAGAUACCUGCUUGCUUUUUCAACAAAAGCAGAGGUUUUAAAGAUGCCGAAUUCAGUGCCCAUACGAUCACGGAAAGUAGAAUUCACAGAGCCCUGCAUUUAACAACUGCUAUCUGCUGGACAAACUUUGUGAAAACUUCUGUCUUCACCCAUUUUCGUUUGCUUUCCCAAAAGCAGUGAAGAACUGCCGUCUGUACUGGUUCUCAGACAUUAACAUCUGGAUAGGGCUCUGUGGAGCUGACUUCUUAUGAAAAAAGGACGUAUUUCUUAAAAACAGACUGAUAUGCAAUUGGCUUAGGAUUGUUUCCAGCAUGCAAAGGUGUGGUGAAUGGAGCUGAAUAAUAAUUGAAAUGAGGGGACAGAUUGGUGAACAAAAAUCCACAAUGUCUUAAAAAAAAAAACUUGCUUCAGCUUUUUCCUUUCGGGUAUUUGAAAGGACUCACAAGAUUUUUUUUGUGUUAGAAAUGGUUUAAAGUGCAAUUAAGAGUCUUAACCAUUUGAACGCUCUAUUUCGUUUAUUUUUUAAAAGUAAAAAUAAAUAAAUAGCAAAAGUAAUGUGCUGAUCUGUUCUCAGGGUUUAAUGUCAGCUUUAAAAUUGUUCUCACUCUCUACCAAUUACCUAGGAAGAUGUGCUGCGCUUUUACAUAGUACUAUAUAUUCUGUUCAGAAAUGAUAGGCCGUUUUGCUUCGCCUCUCCCUCCGCUCCAUCAGUGGUGCAUUUGAGUAAUUUUAGAUUCAUUCUUCUGCAUGGAGUCCUGGACUUCUGCCCCAAAGUCCUGUCCUGACGGUACCACUUCCCCACAUUGCCCCCCCCCACCCCAGUCCACACAGCAGGCGGGGUAUAGAAGCAUAGAAGCUUGGAGUCUGCAUUGGUUUGUUCCCAUGUGCAGGGUUGAGGAAAGGGAAUCUCAGAGGCUGAACUUCAGGGACCUGCUAUCUGGAUAACCCAAUAGUUUCCUGAACCAGCCCCCCAGAAAUACAAAGGCAAGAUAUUCCUGGUAAACAUCCGUUUAUAUCAACUGCACCCACGCAAGAAGAUGUUCCCAGUGGCUUGUGCCCUCAGCCCAGCCAGUUUAAAUAAUGGGAGACACAUGAAUAUUUAAGAACGGAAACAGUACCGGUUUUCGCUACCCUCUCUUAGCCCUGCAUCACCCCACCGAAUCUGACAAUAAGAAAUUGGUUUAUUUGUUCUGUUUGCCACACUCUACCUCUGAGGCAACCAUUAUUGCCAUCUGUUAGAAACAGUAUAUUGGGCAGUGUGGAUCAUUGACCUCCUCCAGCAGUUGAUCGAACUUUGAAAAGGCUGCCACCCACCCAAAAGGGGAGGGGGGACUGCAGUUUUGUUGAUGUAAGAAUCCAGUCGGGUUAUAAAGCUUUUGUUGUUGUUUUUUCCACUUGCAGAGAUAGAUAGAUAGAUAGAUAGAUAGAUAGAUAGAUAGAUAGAUAGAUAGAUAGAUAGAUAGAUAGAUAGAUAGGAAGGAUGUGGGUGGCACUGUGGUCUAAACCACUGAGCCUCUUGGGCUUGCCGAUCAGGAGGUCGGUGAUUCGAAUCCCUGCAAUGGGGUGAGCUCCUGUUGCUCUGUCCCAGCUCCUGCCAACCUAGCAGUUCGAAAGCACGCCAGUGCAAGUAGAUAAAUAGGUAUCGCUGCAGUGGGAAGGUAAAUGGCGUUUCUGUGCACUCUGGUUUCCGUCACAGUAUUUUGUUGCACCAGAAGCGGUUUAGUCAUGCUGGCCACAUGACCUGGUAAAGCUGUCUGUGGACAAACACUGGCUCCCUUGGCCUGAAAGUGAGAUGAGCGCUGCAACCCCAGAGUCGCCUUUGACUGGGCUUAACCACCUAGGGAUCCUUUACCUUUUCAUUUUAGAUGAUUGAUAGAUAGAUAGAUAGAUAGAUAGAUAGAUAGAUAGAUAGAUAGAUAGAUAAUCUGCACAAUUUCCUAACCACUAAAAAAAAGUGUGCAAAUAAAAUAUCCCCCAGAGAAGGCUUGCUGAGCAAUUUCAAAUAGAACCAGCAAAUGGCAGGAUGUUUUGACAAUGGAAGCAUUGAGGUUAAUAGAAAAUUAGCCAUCAUCCCUUGACCCAUGAGGAGUGAGUGGGUAGGUGGGUGUCAUCCUGUGGACUUCAAACAAUUCGCUAGAUAGUGGGUAUGUAUAGACAUGCAUAACUAGAGCAGUCUGUUUUGCUCCACACGUACAGUACAACCUUCUCUGCAGGGUAGAGUCCAGGAAAAACCAAUUCUGCUUCCUUCCACCAGAUGGCAACUCUGCACAACAUCACAAAACCACCACCUCACCUUCUCCAGAGCAGUUUUUAAAAUAACAGAUUUUUUUAAAUAAAAUAAUCAUAAUCAUACUUUCGUCUUAAAGUAUAGAUGGCGCCGAGGAAUUGUUUAAUUGGAUUAACUUGGAUAGGGCCUGUCAGGGGAUUGUUGCGGCUACUCCCGAGUAAACACGCCCAAGUCCGUUCUGUCUUUAACGGUUUUAUCGUGCAUAGUAUUUACAGUGCAGAGAUAGAGGAAAACAUGACCUCUUAGUCACUCGCAGAAUCCGGCAAUGGCGCCCUUCUGCUCCGGGGCCAGCAUAGUAGCUUGGGCACCCCGAAACGCCGCCCUCUAACCUUGCGUUUUGGACACGUGCCUCAAUUCGGGCGCCGGAAGCGGCUGUGCUCCCUCUCCUACUUGUUGGCUAGAGUGGUGCAGGAGCUCUGAUACAUCGCUGAGCCUUGCCUCCUCCGCUCUGCUCCCAUCCUCGUUUCCUCCCCGUGACCCGCUGCUGCUGCUCUCGCUGGGCAAAGUGCUGGUCAGGAUGAUGCGGGGAGACCCCCUGUAGGGAGGUCCCCUGACAGGGCCUGAAAUAUUUAAGUCUCCUUCCUUGAAGGUUUUUAAGCAGAGGUUGGAUGGCCGUCUGUCUCAGAUGCUUUAGCUGAGAUUCCUGCACUGCAGGAGGUUGCACUACAACAGUGUUUCCCAACCUUGUGCCUCCAGCUGUUUUCGGACUACAAUUCCCAUCAUUCCUGACCACUGGUUUUGCUAGCUAGGGAUGAUGGGAGUUGUAGUCCCAAAACAUCUGGAGGCACAAGGUUGGGAAACACUGCACUAGAACAGGCAUCCUAAAACCUCAGCCCUCCAGAAGUUUUGGACUACAAUUCCCAUCUUCCCUGACCACUGGUCCUGUUAGCUAGGGAUCAUGGGAGUUGUAGGCCAAAACAUCUGGAGGGCCGCAGUUUGAGGAUGCCUGCACUAGAAAGAUGACCCUUGGAGUGGGUACCUCCAUGAUUCUGUGAUUCUAAGGGGAAGGGGUAUCGGCGCUGGAUUUGGAGGCAAUUCCAUGUGUCUUCUGAGGAGCGGAGCAGGGGGGAAUCCGAGCACACGCACACCCGGCCAACAGCAGAACCCAAAAGCUCCAUCUCCUGUUUGUAUGCGCAGUUGUACGGUACAUACCACAGGUCUAGUGCACUAAGACCACACAUGGCACCCUAAUAGGGUCAGCUGUCCUCCCUGUGUUUAUUGUCCUUUUAAUGCAGGCAUCCCCAAACUCGGCCCUCUAGAUGUUUUGGGACUACAACUCCCAUCAUCCCUAGCUAACAGGACCAGUGGUCAGGGAUGAUGGGAAUUGUAGUCCCAAAACAUCUGGAGGGCCGAGUUUGGGAAUGCCUGCUUUAAUGCAUGUGCCGUGGCCUUCCUGUUACCAUCCCACACAGCUGGCUUGUGUGCACCCAGUGUAGGUCUCCCUUCAGAAAAAAGUUUUGCACACAGAAGACUUUCACUUGAUCAGGAUGCCAUUCCUCGAUAUUCUUACUCGACUCGUCCCUGGUCUGAACCCCGGAACUGCCACUAGGUUCUGGGUUUAAGCUCUGAUGAACUGCACCUCAAGUCUUAAUAAUGAUAAUACAGUAAUAAUGACUUUAUUAUUUAUACCCCGCCCCUCUGGCUGGGUUUCCCCAGCCCACUCUGGGCGUUUUACAGCAUAUAUAAAACAUAGUACAGUGGUACCUCUACUUACAAAUAACUCUACUUACGAAUUUUUCUACUUACAAAUGGAGCUCCGUCCGCUAUCUUGGAUGCAGUUUAGAUAGGAUUUUUUCUACUUACGAAUUUUUAGAUAGGGUUGCUUCGACUUACGAAUUUUUUCUCCCAAUGCAUUCCUAUGGGAUUCGACUUAGAAAUUUAUUUGACUUACAAAUGUGUGUUCGGAACACAUUAAAUUCGUAAGUAGAGGUACCACUGUAAUCCACCCCAAAUCCUUCAAAGCGGGUAAUAUCUGGAAUGCGUUUUUAAAAUUUAGAUUAGAAGCCUAGCCACCUGAAGCUUUGCAAGCCAAUUUCAGGUAGGAAAAUGCACUUUGGAAUAAAUUUAUUUUUUUGCACCCCAAAUUAACUUUGCGUCUGUCUCGGCGUCUAAUCUGAUCGCCAAAAAUCACUGGUUCGGUUUUGCACAUGCCUUUGGGGGAAUGAGAGAGAACGCUGCUAAUGGAUACCUGGCUUAUUGCUUGAGCACAGUGAAUCUUUCUCCCAAUUAAAGGUAAUCUUCCUGUCCCGCCCCCUUCUCCAAGCAGAGACUACAGUUCUUUGGGGGCAUCUUUCAGGAUCGGAUGCCUGCAUUUUAGCCAGCGGAGUCUUGUUGGGGAUGUUUCUCCUCCUAAGUGGCAAAACUGGAGUUUCCCAAUUGCCUACUGGAAAAUCCAAUUUUUUUUCAGCUACUCCACGGAGCAGGGGGCCAUCCAGGAAUUGUGUUACCUGAGACGAGAGUUUUCAACUGUGGAACAGCUGUGGAAAAGAGGACUCUGCUCCAUUUCAAAUAGAUUCUGUUGCUUGUACAUUAUGUGACACUCUGUGAUAAAAAGAAAGAAAGAAAAAGCUUUAACUCCAUAACAUUGUGCAAUGUUUUCUUUGUACAUUUCUUAAAAUAAACUGUAAAUGAGCUAUUGUUA